AUGAAUGGAAGGAAGCUGGGAUCCCGUGCAUUAUUUGUUAUAACGGCAGUGAUCGUACUAGUUACAAUUGUCUCCGUCUAUCAGAAAGAACGGACCAAUUUAGGUAAAGCGGGCCAGAGUACUUCUGCAAGAUUCAGCCUAUCACCGGAAUCUGAUUCAAACUCGUACACUACCAAUCCGGAUUCUUUUGCUAAAGUAAGUUACGAAAUAGAUCAAACCACAGGGCAACCGGACCAAGCCUCAAAAGAUUUCCUUGAAAAGGCGUACUCCAGGGUCAUAUUCAACAGCUCACCGUUUUCACGCCUGCAGAAGCUUCGGCAGGACGCUCUCAAGGCUGCAGAAGACAAAGAGGCAAAAUUUUUCAAAGGUUUCUCUCAAACACAAAAAUCGCUAAUCAAUUGGAACGUCCCUGGGAAAGUGUCUCGUUUGCAAAAAUGUAAAAUCUUAGUGAGCACGUUGUAUUAUGCAGAUACAGACUGGUCAAAUCAACUUUAUUUGGAACCCAUUAUAUCCGAAGCAGAAAACUUUGAAGUCAACUCUCUUGUAACGGAGAGGCUUCGAAUCUACGAUUUUUGUUUUAUCUCUGGAGGACUAGAGAUCUCAGAUGUGCUGGAAGAUCAUAAAAUGUACAACGCAAAGGAUUUACAACAUCGAAUGUUCCCCUUUAUGAAGCAACCGGCCGCCGGAGAAAUACUAUUACCGACAAUAACCGAUCUAACAACGAUGCAAAAGCUAACUUAUGUUACUCCAGAGUUUGAUGUAGAAAGACACAACGAAAACCCAUUCAAAAGCUGGAUGGAACUAUCCGAUGGAAAGGGAAUAGUAACUACUUUCAGCGAACCAUUUUCUGAUUUCUUUUUCAGACAACUUAAAGUUUUACAAUAUCAAGAGAAUAAGUUACCAAUCCAAAUCGUAGUUAAAAACGGAGAGUUCACUAAAGAGUUUCUCUCAAAACUAUCUGAACGUGGGAGACAAACUGGCCAAAGACUGUUUUUGGUAGAAUACUCAGAAAUACUGGAAGAGAAGAACGUCAACUUGAUACGGAAAUACUUCAACAAAUUAAUUGCCAAUAUUUUCAAUACCUUUGAAGAGUUCGUUUUACUUGACGCAGAUGCCGUGCCUUAUUCUCCGAUAGAGUCAUUUAUGGAGUUACCUGAAUACAAAAAUACCGGGAUAUAUAUGUUCCGUGAUAGAGUGGUAGACAAUGAACUAGAUGAUACAUGCUUAGUUACACUGGAACAUUUAGAGCCUACGAUAGAAGAGGUUGAAUUACUGGGGAGCACUCUAUUAUUCACAUCUGAAAUGCAAAAAACCACGGGUUCCGUCGAAGAAAGUAUUUAUAGAAAGAUGAUGGAAGACCGUAUGAAAGAAAAUGUAGAGACCGGACUCGUUGUCGUAAAUAAAAAAGAAAAAUUUGCCGGACUGGUGAUGACACUCAUGCUAAGUUUCAACCAUAAACUACAAGCUUGUUUUCAUGGUGACAAAGAAUUUUACUGGCUGGGUCCAUUGUUUGCUGGUCAAUCGUAUUCCAUUGAACCCAAAGGUGCUGCUUUAACAGGGUUUCCACAAAAGAAAUAUAAGGAUGGGAAAUACGUUAGUACAAAACUAUGCGAUUUUCACAUUGCACAUGUUCGUGGCAAUGAACUCUUCUGGAUUAAUGGUGGGCUGAAAGAAUUUAAACCCGACGCAGGACAAGAUACCCAUGGAUAUGAGAAUAAAGCCUGGAAAAUGAAUGGAGUUUUAAUCCCAAAACAGGAACAAGGGUCUUGGAACUUAGAAGAAACAGAUUACGGGAACACGUUUUGUGCUGAGGCAGUUGAAGUGGGCUCCAAUAAACCUCCACAAGGUGAAGUUAUAUGGUUUGACGAGAAGACAUACAACAAAGUCAAUGAUAUUGCUAAGUUAUGGAACAAUGACGAAAAAGACUCCAUCUGA